UUCUCUUCUUCCCCAUCUUCCUCUGUUCUCAUCGUUCUUCAUCUCCAUGCCUUCGUUAAGAUUACUUCACCUUUUCUCUCUUUCUGCCACCUCUAACUUACCUCCCCUUCUGCACAAAACUUCUAAGGUGUAUAUCAAAGCAGCUGGUUUUCGAUCACUGUCUACAAGUUCAGUCAAAAUGGGUUCCGUAAGAAGCCACGGUGCCGUUUCGUACCAGAACGUUGUCGUAAUGAGGCACGGCGAGCGCUUCGACAACUUAGAACCGUCGUGGGCCGCCACGGCGGCGCGUCCGUGGGAUCCACCGCUGGCCGAACCGGGCCGGCAGCGGGCGCUCGAAACGGGCCGGAGGCUCCGAGAGAGUCUCGGGUUUCCGAUCCGGCGGGUCUUCGUUUCACCGUUCCUCCGCUGCCUCCAGACCGCCAUAGUACUCGUCCAGUCUCUCGCCGCCGUAGAGGAGGGUGGCAGCACCACCGGGGACGGUGUUGCAGUUGACCCUUCUGAAGUCAAGGUGUCGGUUGAGUAUGGAUUGUGUGAAAUGGUGAACAGCAAGGCUAUUCGUCCAAACGUUGCUCCAAAAGAUGGAAACUUGAGAUUUGAUAUAGCAGAGUGUGAAUCGAUGCUGCCAGCUGAGAUAGUGGAUAAAAAUGUUGAAAGGGUGUAUAAAGAGUUUCCGCGAUGGGGAGAAACAGAGUUGCAAGCAGGGGAAAGAUACAAGCACUUAAUUAAGGACCUUGCUGACAAAUAUCCCACUCAAAACUUGCUCCUUAUUACACAUGGGGAAGGAGUUAAGGUGGCAGUUUCUUCACUAAGAAAGGAUGCGGAGAUAAAUAAAGUGCAGUACUGUGGAUAUGUAGAACUUAGACGCCCUAUUUUCAACAAAGAUCACGCAUUUACCUUUGGAGAGUUUGAUUUACUCACUCCUAGUGAUAAAACUGGUGUAAGCUAUUCCCUCCCACCUUUCCACAAUUCCACCAACCAAACUUUCCCAUGAUCAUUCUCACUUAACUCUACAACCUCACUCUAAUGUCUCUCUCAAUGUUUGUAAUUAGGUGAUGCUAUGCUACAUUAGAAUAAGAUAGUUGAAUCCAAAUAAAGCCCCAUUAUCUGAA